AUGAACUACUGUCCUUUGAGCGCGCAGCUCGCUGUGCUAUGGAUAUUGUUGGUGGCGAUCGUGGCGGGCAACGCGACGGUGGUGUUGGCACUAUUUCUCACCAAAUCACGAAAAAGUCGGAUGAGCUUCUUUAUAAUGCAACUUGCGAUCGCAGAUUUGUGGGUGGGCCUAAUAAGUGUUCUACCAGAUCUAAUACAGCGUAUAACGAUUUCGUGGCUCGCUGGCUCUAUAGCGUGUAAAUUAAUGAAAUAUUUACAGGGUGUAGUUACAUAUUCCUCCACUUACGUUUUAGUCGCACUAAGUGUGGACCGCUGCGAUGCAAUCACGCAUCCCAUGAACUUCACUGGAAGCUGUACUCUACAAUGCUGGUCAAGUAUCAAUGAAACACAGUGGAGGAUAUGGAUGACAAGUGUCUUUCUGUCACUUUUUGUAGCACCAGCUCUCACGAUAUCAGCUUGUUACGGCGUUAUAGUUGUAACGAUACGGCAAAAAAGCCGUAGAGUAUUGGGGAAAAGGGCGGCAGCUACUCGACAAUAUAGUGACGAUUUGGAUAGCCGCCGCGCGAGCAGCCGCGGAAUUAUACCGAAAGCGAAAAUUAAAACUGUCAAGAUGACAUUUGUAAUUGUGUUUGUAUUUGUCCUCUGCUGGUCGCCGUACAUGAUCUUCGAUCUGCUACAAGUAUAUGGCUACGUUCCAGAUACUCAAGGAAAUAUUGCCAUAGCUUCACUCAUACAAAGCCUUGCGCCCUUAAACUCUGCAGCAAACCCUGUUAUAUACUUUAUAUUUUCUAGCAGGAUAUUUAUCACUCUUAGGAACAUUCCUCCAUAUAAAUGGUUAUGGUGUUGGAUGAAGACUGACAAUUCAAAUGUAAAUGAAUCGAGAGCUCACACCGAGCUACUGACAUCAUCCCACAGACGGACUCGACACGAACUCACUAUAAGGGCAGAAACCAAAAGUGAUAACAACCAGCUUAUCCAUAGUAAUUUUACACCUGAAAAUGUGAAAGUAACUCUAUCCGUUAGUGUGUUCCCUUUUCAUGUU